AAGGAGUGAGGUUGAAGCGGGCAGCGAGCGUCGCUGCGUACUUCGAAGCGGUGAGGUGAAUAGACGUCGUGACUGCUUCCGUUUGAUGCCGAGUGUCUGGAGGUAGUCUGUGAAAGCGUUGCUCGUGUACUCCCCUGCGCCAUCACUCUGGAAUUCUUGCAGUUUUGCUCAAGACUCUCUUUCAGCGACGGCGAGCCAUGCGACGAAGACUGAAUGGGCGAGAUGUCGAGCAGGAAGGUUUGCUGUCCAAACAUAUCGAGUAGAUGCUUCGAUGAAGGUAAUCACGUACAGCUCUUCUUUAGGUCCUGCUUCAGGUAAGUUAAGAAUAUCGCUGUAGACCUUCUGCAUCAGUUUGUAACGAGUGGAGCCAGGAAAAUGACUCGAAAACGGGUCGUGGGUAAGAUUGGUGACCGGACACGUGGUGCAGACCGUUGGGCGAGACUGCGGUUUCAUCUCCGUGCCGUCAGGUAAGAGAAGACUGUUUUUAUCAAGAACUGCUGCUCGGAUUCAAUGAUUUAAAAUCCCUUGCGAUGGAUGUCCUAACCGUUGGUGCCAAAUUUCUUAUGUGGCUUUGUGUCCUGAUGAUCGCAGAUAAAAGUCGGCGUUAGUAUAAAAUGAAGAAAUGAUGAAAGGAGAAAGAGCUGGAGACAUGUCAAUCUCCCCUUCGACGAAACGGUUUGAUGGCAGAUGGUCCUGCGACAGCUACUGGAAGACUCGGCUGCUCGGCGACUUCUUCUUUCACGGCUUCCUCGACGACUUCGGGUUCAUCAGCUGCAAGUCCACUGAUUUCUCCCCAAAGUGGAGCUGGAGUUCCUUGGAAGGCUGCACGGGUGUUAUAGAAGGUUCGCCAAGCAUUGGCGCCUUCAUCGGCGGUAUUAAACUCCCAAGUAUCCAGUGCGGGACCGAGACCAAGGACGCGUUCAGAAUCACCAGAGGUGCCCUGUGCUGUGAACUGAAGAACUGAUACUCCAUGUUGAGUAGCAGCGCGACCGAGGUCAAGAUCUUGCUGUUCCGCUUGAAGAUACGACGAAAUUUCGGUUUCUGAGAGGUUCGGAUUCAUGCGCAAGAAGGCGCGCGUCUGUCGCCACUCGGGACCAAGUCCAGCAAGAAGGACCAUGAGAUACAUCUCACGAGGGAAGUAUCCUCCACUCUUCUCCAGUUGAUCUUGUAGUGUGCGAACACGAUUGACGUAAUCCAUGACAUUCUCGUUUGUCAUCAUCUGCACACUUGUCAGCUGCGAAAGAAUCUUACUUGCUGUUAUUGUGUCUUUUGCCAUGUACACCCCCUUUAAGUGGUUCCAUGCAGUUUCAGCUGGCGUGAAGCUUGAAUGAAAAGAUCGAACGCCAAGCUGCUCCUUUGGCGACAGGUUCCGAACUAGAACCGUAUACGCCCCGAGAGAGGCGUGCAGGAAACUCUGUUGCUCCAGUUGUGUUCCCAUGACAGGAUACGUAAACUCGCCGGUGAAGAACGGCCAUAGCCCAGCGAACUGCGCCAGAAGCUCAA